AGCAGUGAGAGGAAAUGCAGUGGAUGGAAAAACUCCCCCCUCCCUUCCCCACAUCCACCCUGGCUUCCUCAUUUCAGCUGUGGUGUAUUUCCCAGGGUGGAGGGUGGGGGCUGGGCAGUGAGAUGAGGCUGGUUUGUGAUCAUGUCUGUCCAGGACUCAUCUCUGCCCCCUUCUCCCUUCUCCUCAUUCCAUCGUGGCCUCUCCCUCUGCACUGACCCCUCUGCCUCUGUUCUAGCUCCCCCGCCGGCCCCCAGGCUCUCUCAGGACCCCGGGUACACAGUGUAUCUCCCAGGGGAGCGGGUCACCCUCACGUGCUCGGCUCCUGGGGGUGAGCUGGACUGGAGUUAUAGAUUCUUCUAUCAAGAAGGGCAGCAGGAGCCCAGCGUGGUCCAACACCCGAAUGAAGGCACCCGGCUGGAGCUCACAGCUCAGAAGGGAAAUGCUGGGACAUACACCUGUGCGUACUGGAGGUGGGAAUCCAAUCGAGAGAUUUCAUCUUGGCCCAGCAACUCCAUCUCCAUCACAGUGACAGAUCCCCCUCCCCAGCCAGUGCUGGAGCUGGAUCCCCCGUCUGGAGUGGUGAGUGAAGGGCUCCCCCUGCUCAUCACCUGUGCAGUCUCCAGAGAUGCCCGCGAGGGGAGAUUUCACUUCUACAAGGAUGGAGUCAAGAUCGUCCCAGGGGACAUGGGAUCUGAGAUCAACACCACGGAGCCUGGCACCGGCUCAAUGAAUGUCUCUGUGCUCAGCAUCCCACAGGCCGGUCCCAACAACGCUGGGAAAUUCACUUGUGGGUAUGAGGAGAACGUGGGUGCGAGGUGGAUCCCAUCCCCCAGGAGCCGGGCUGUAAACGUCACUGUGAAUGUCACCAGGACAGCCUCAGCUCGCCCCGCCGCUGGUGCAGUGCUCUGGGCGGUGGGGCUGUGA